AUGUCCUCCGUAACAUCCGCAGAAACGCGCGCGCGUCGGCGCGCUGAAGUGGACCGCGCAACUGAGAUUCAGACCCGCGCCGCAAUCAUUGGAGGCGCACAGUAUGGAUUGGUGGGUGCAGGUGCAGCCACGAUUGCACACUAUACUUGGCCAGCAUUUCGCAAGCAGACGUUAGCAGGGAAGGCUUUCUUGGUGUCAAUCAUCUCCAUUUACGGCUUCGUAAUGAAUGCCGAAAGCGCAUUGAUGGCGCACGAACACACCCAGCGCAAGGUCGACGGCGACAUGCGCCGCGCUGCACGCGCCGAUCUCACCUCAAGAGGAAUUGUGCCUACUGAAACGGAGAUCUUGAAGUGGCAGCGGGAGCGGGAAGCUCCGUCAAAUUCGACACCUUAA